AGCAAUCGAGCGGAGCGACAGAAACAGGCGAGCCGGGCCAGGGCCAUCAUUCACUCAGCUCUACUCAUCUGGACUACCCGGGCUAACUUUAGCUACAUGUGCUGAGGUCGAGGGGGGAAACUGAUCUCUAACGCAACAAUGCCGACAGUUACUCUUCCGCCGAAAGAGAACGCUCUCUUCAAGAGGAUCUUGCGAUGUUACGAACACAAACAAUACAGAAACGGCCUCAAGUUCUGCAAACAAAUCCUGUCCAACCCCAAGUUUGCAGAGCAUGGGGAGACCCUGGCAAUGAAGGGCUUGACCCUGAACUGUCUGGGGAAAAAGGAGGAGGCCUACGACCUGGUGAGACGAGGCCUGCGCAAUGACCUCAGGAGCCAUGUCUGCUGGCACGUCUACGGCCUACUGCAGCGCUCGGAUAAGAAGUAUGAUGAGGCCAUCAAGUGUUACCGCAACGCUCUCAAGUGGGACAAGGACAACCUGCAAAUCCUGCGAGACCUGUCACUUCUUCAGAUCCAGAUGCGAGACCUGGAGGGCUACAGGGAGACACGGUACCAGUUGUUACAGCUGCGUCCAGCCCAGCGAGCUUCCUGGAUCGGCUAUGCCAUCGCCUAUCACCUCCUGGAAGACUACGAGAUGGCUGCAAAAAUUAUUGAGGAGUUCAGGAAAACACAACAGACGUCUCCAGAUAAAGUAGACUAUGAGUACAGCGAACUGCUGCUCUACCAGAACCAGGUGCUGAGGGAAGCUGGCCUGUACAAGGAGGCUCUGGAGCAUCUGUCAAACUACGAGAAGCAGAUCUGUGACAAACUGGCAGUGGAGGAGACACGAGGAGAGUUGCUGUUAAAGUUGGAGCGUCUGGAAGAAGCAACAUUAGUUUACCGUCGACUGCAGGAGAGGAAUCCAGAGAACUGGUCCUAUUACCAUGGCCUGGAAAAGGCCCUAAAACCAGGCAGUGUAGAGGAUAGACACAAGAUCUAUGAGGAAGCCUGGGUGCAGUUUCCUAAAGGACUGGUUCCUCGCCGGCUGCCCCUCAGUUUUCUCACUGGUGAGAAGUUCAGAGAGUGUCUCGACCGAUAUCUCAGGAUGAACUUUAGUAAAGGCUGUCCGCCUGUCUUCACCACACUCAAAUCACUGUACAAUGACAAAGAAAAGGUGUCAAUAAUAGAGGAGCUUGUGGUCAGCUAUGAAACGUCAUUAAAAAGCUGUAGAAUGUUCAGCCAGAAUGAUGAUGGAAAGGAAGAGCCACCGACCACAUUGUUGUGGGUACAGUAUUUCCUGGCGCAGCAUUACGACAUGAUUGGUCAGCAGACACUGGCUUUAGAAUACAUCAACGCGGCCAUCGAGAGCACGCCAACACUUAUCGAACUCUUCCUUGUCAAAGCCAAGAUUUACAAGCAUGCUGGGAACAUCAAAGAAGCCGCUCAGUGGAUGGACGAGGCCCAGGCUCUGGACACUGCUGACAGAUUCAUCAACUCCAAGUGUGCCAAGUACAUGCUGAAGGCUGGCAUGAUCAAAGAGGCUGAGGAAAUGUGCUCCAAGUUCACACGGGUGAGGAAUACUGUCUGUGUGCACACAGCCAGCUGA